AUGAGUUCCCUAUCCACCUCUUUCGAACCAGCACAGAAGCGCCAAAAGAUCCGGAAGGGCACUUUCAGCUGCUGGGAAUGUAAGAAUCGUAAGAUUCGAUGCCAGUUCACCUCGUCAUCGGCAACAAUAUGUGAAUUUUGUCAGCGCAAGGGAGCCUGGUGCAUAAGCCAGGAGUGCCCUAACCCUCAAGGCAUGGGCUAUCAAGACGUGGAACGGCGCCUUGACCACGUUGAGGCUCUAGUGGCGAAGCUCGUGCAGCACCAAGGAGCCCCUUCACCCUCCCAAACGUCACCAGUUGGCCAUCAGGUGAACAAAGAUUCGUUUAUCGAUACCAUAGACUCCAGGGCGGUGCCAAACAGCGAUAUCAUUCCUGAGAGAGGCUCCCUAAGCCAUGUUCAGUCAUUACUUCCGUCUGCUGUCAUUCUUAAACGAAUUCUGGAUCGCAACCCGCUCCGUGUUCGACCAUUUCAUUUGUUAGUCUGCUCAACUACGCAUAGUCAGGUUGACCACCACUCCCCAUCGAACUCCGAUCAACCAGUGCACCUUGCAAAGAGGAUCAUCCAACUUGCCCUAUGCUUACAACAGCCGAUCCAGAGCGUGCUAGACCUCCGGUUUGACCAGCCGAGUGAGCAGAUGGCACAUUAUUUUAUCGGCAUCGCGUCUCGCUAUAUCACCUCGCAGGACUUACUCGUCAACUCUCUCGAUGGCUUAGAAACUCUCAUCUUAGAGGCUCACUUUCAUCUUCGUACCGGUAGUCUCCGGAAUGCCUGGCUUCUCUUCCGUCGCGCGUUAGACAUCGCCGGCUUGCUAGGCCUCCCAUGUCGGAAGCAUGAGGUUAACAACCGUGCGGAAUCCAUAUGGUUCCGCUUAGCCUACAGUGAUCGUUUUCUAUCCCUUAUGCUGGGACUUCCUUUUGUCGAGGUGGACUGCCAGCUCACCCGUACACGGCAGAUUGUGGCUGACCUGUGGUCUGAUCAGUUGGAACGCACUCAUGUUGUGGUCGCAGGCAGGAUUAUUGCUAGGAAUCUCCGCAUGCAGAAACGCCAUGGAUGCCAACACGAGUCACAAGAAAACCCCGUCGAUGAAUACCAAGAGACACAGGAUAUUGAUCUUCAGCUCAAAAAGGCCAGUCGUAUACCCCCUGUACGCUGGUGGGCUUCACCGCCGCUAGGCGAUGGCAUGCUAGAUAUAAAUUCGCCGGAACAGUUCACUCGGGUCCUGACGCAGAUACAUCAAUUCUAUCUGGUGGUUUCCCUUCACCAGCCGUAUCUCCUAGAUCAUCUGCGCUUGGAAUCAAAAGCUCAUCGUCAAACAGUGACCCGUUCGUCGCAUAAUCACUCUUACAGCAAAAUGGCCGUUCUCUGUGCAAGUCGCGAAGUCCUUGCUCGCUUUGGCAUGUUCCGUCACGCCUUCCAGCAGAUUCCAUACCUUGGCUUUAUGGAGAAAGCUUUUUCUUCUGCAUUGUGUCUCCUUCUAAUACACAUUGAUGGGCAUCGCCUCAAAACAGGAAAUGUGUUAGAGCACCAGCGUCCAAGAGACUUGGCAGUCAUUGAUGACGUGAUUCAUGUUAUGGAGGAGAUCUCUGCCGCCCAUAAAGAUAGCAUGACCCAGUCCUAUGUAAAAAUACUAUCUACAUUGGUACGCAUGGAGGAAUAUGCAGCCGACGGAGCCGAAUAUCUUACGUGGUUGGACCCCGAAACCCCCGAGAACAAUAACACUCAGGCCACCAUCGAAGAUCAGAAGAUGAAUUUCCCGUUGCCGUAUUUUGGCAGGUUCCAUGUCUCACGUGAAAUGUCUCCAACCCCCGAAUUACGACUAUGA